GGGGCCCGCGUGGGGGGCAGGCGGCGUCCGCCGGGGCAGGGCUCGGGGGAGGCCCCGCGGCAGGAAGCCCGGGCUGCCAUUUUGGCCGAAGGCCCGCCCGGACGCCUGGGUCCCAGCCCGGCUGCCCGCGGAGGUGCAGGCAGCGCGGCCGGAGCCAUGAUCGAGGUUCUGGCCCAGCUAAGCCGCGGGCCCGUGUUCCUGGCCGGGGAGAUGCUGGAGUGUGGGAUCGUCUUCACCAACCCGCUCUCCGCCGCCUCCACCUCCACCAGCAGUGAGAUAUUGGCAUGGGCCAGCGCCCAGAUUCACUGCCAGUUUCAUGCCAGCGAGAACCGGGUGGCGCUGCCUCCCUCGGAUGACAGCAAACACGAUGUGCAGGCUGAGAAUGAGACAGUGUUUGUCCCCAACAGAGGAGAGCGGGGUCAGUGCAUCCUGUCUACACCCCCAAAGAUUCUCUUUUGUGACUUGCGCCUGGAUCCCGGAGAGUCGAAAUCCUACUCGUACUGCGAGACGCUGCCUGUGGACGGGCCGCCCUCCUUCCGGGGGCAGUCAGUGAAGUAUGUGUACAAGCUGACCAUCGGCUGCCAGCGGGUGAACUCUCCCAUCAAGCUGCUGCGGGUACCCUUCCGUGUGCUGGUGCUGCACGGGCUCAAAGAUUAUCAGUUCCCCCAGGACGAAGUGGUCGCCCCCUCAAACCCCUUCCUGGAGGAGGAGGAGGGGGUGAAAAAAGACUCCCGGCUGGCGGACCUGGCCACGGAGCUGCUGAUGGCAGCCACCUCCCGGCGCAGCCUACAUGUGUAUAAUAUCAGCAACACCCGGGGGAAGGUGGGCAAGUUCGGGAUCUUUAAGACUGUCUAUAAGAUUGGAGAAGACAUCCUCGGGACGUUUAACUUCUCGGAAGGGGACAUCCCCUGUCUGCAGUACUCGGUGAGCCUGCAGACAGAGGAGAGCAUCCAGGAGGAGUUCCAGCGGCGGCGUGGGCAGCCCAUCUCCUACAGCACACACGCCCGCCACCAGGAAUCCUGUCUGCAUACAGCCAGGAGCAGCUUCAGCCUCCCCGUCCCACUGAGCUCCACGCCUGGCUUCACCACCAAUAUCGUGUCUCUGAAGUGGAGGCUGCACUUUGAGUUCGUGACCUCCCGGGACUUGGGGGAGGCCCACACGGUCCCUGAGAAUCCAUCGGAAACCAUCACCUGGACUGGGGUGGAGCAAAUCGAAGUGGAUACCUUCAGCUGGGACCUGCCCAUCAAAGUCCUGCCGACCAAUCCUGUCCUGGCCUCCUAUGUGUCCCAGUUCUCCAGCACAAACUCCAUCACUAUCUGAGCUGGGGCAGGACCUAGGUGGGAGCCUGGGGCGCCAUUCAUGCCACCUGCUAGGGAUGCCUGGCAGCCCUGCUUGUGUGAGAGACAACGCUCUGUGCCCAGCACUAGCUGGCCUCUCCUUCCUGAGCUGCGUCUCUGGGUCGGGAGCCAGGCUCCUGGUCCCCUGGGCGUGCACAGGAACCCCAGUGCUCUCUGUAAGGGAGCUGACUAGCAGUGCGCGGCCUGGCUGCUUUCUCCCCAGUGUGGGGCCUUGUGCCCAGCCCAGGGAAGGGAGAAGGUUGCCCUUCCAGUGACUACCUGCACCAGUCUCCUAGGAAGCCCACGUCCAUUCCCGCUGGGAUCUCCCCCCCACCACGGGGAGGACCCCAUUUCCAGCUGACACAUGUCCAGUGCCCUCGCUGGGAGCGACAGCCCUCCAGCCUGUGACUGCCCUGGGACGUGUCCAUCCCGCAUGUGAACUGCAGUCCCCUCUGGUAGAGUCAGCCCCCGGCCUGGGACAACCCCAGCAGAGGGGAGGCAAGUGCCCUGCACGCCCAAGCUGAGCUCCUGCAUGUGACUGGCUUCUCCAGGGAGAGGCCAGGGUCCCACGGAGGCAGGGGCAGGUGCUGCUGCUCCAGGACCUUAGACCAAGGUGCAGGCAGGCUGCCAUCCCCACCUGAGCUGGGAGCAAGGAGAUCCUGGCCCGGAGGCUGCGUUCUUGGCCCUGCUCUCCCUAGGGCGGAUGAGUGCUGCCUCUUCUCUCCCUGCUUCUGGGCUGGGCCAGUCAGUGUAACUCCAUUGCUCGGGGAGUGAAAUCCCCCACUGCCCGCCGAGUGAUGCUGUCACACCCAUCUACCCCUGGGUGCUGGCAGCGCUGGGUCCCAUCGACCUGCACCCGGGGAGAGCCCCUCCCAUCAGGGCAGGCAGCAGCUUCACUGAAGUCCUGAGGCACCCAGUGCUGUGCUCAAAGUGCUGGGAUUGACUGGGGCCAGACCCGACCCCUCCAGGCUCCUGAGUUCUCUCCCCAGUGUCUGCUCUGUGUGUGCAAAUGAAUAAACACCUGAGUGCCCA